AUGGGGGCGGCCCCCCCGAGUUGGGGUUGGGGUUUCAGCCCCCCCAUACCAGGGAAGGGGAGCCCCCAUCCCCUUCCUGAGCCCCCCCGAGUUGGGGUUGGGGUUUCAGCCCCCCCAUACCAGGGAAGGGGAGCCCCCAUCCCCCCCCCGCCCCAUCCCGCUCCCCCCGAGCGGGGCUCGCCUGCAGGGCGGGGGUGUUGUGGUUUGGAGCUGGGGGGGGGUUCCGAGCUGCCCCCCACUUUUGGGGGGAGUCUGGGGGGUCCAGCGCUGCCCUGUCGCCCCCUCCCCUGUCCCCAGGGCAAGUACAGCCGGCGCAAGAGCCGCUUCAAGCGCUCGGACGGCAGCACCUCCUCGGACACCACCUCCAACAGCUUCGUCCGCCAGGGCUCGGCCGAGUCCUACACCAGCCGCCCCUCGGACUCGGAUGUGUCGCUGGAGGAGGACCGGGAGGCGCUGCGCAGGGAGGCCGAGCGCCAGGCCAUGGCUCAGCUGGAGAAAGCCAAGACCAAGCCGGUGGCAUUCGCCGUUCGCACCAACGUGGGCUACAACCCCUCGGCCGCCGACGAGGUGCCCGUGCAGGGCAUGGCCAUCUGCUUCGAGCCCAAGGACUUCCUGCACAUCAAGGAGAAGUACAACAACGACUGGUGGAUCGGGCGGCUGGUGAAGGAGGGCUGCGAGGUGGGCUUCAUCCCCAGCCCCGUCAAGCUGGAGAACAUGCGGCUGCUGCAGGAGCAGAAGAUGCGGCAGAGCCGCCUGAGCUCCAGCAAAUCGGGUGACAACUCCGGCUCCAGCCUGGAUGUGGUGACAGGGACACGGCGGCCCACGCCCCCCGCCAGCGGUGGCCUGGACAUGCCUAGCUUUGCCUUUGACCCCGAUGAGUUAGAGGAGGAGGAGGAGGCCGUGGAGGCGCAGCGCUCCCCUAAGAGUAGCGUGAGCAGCGUCACCACCCCCCCCGCCCACAGCAAGCGCAUCCCCUUCUUUAGGAAGACCGAGCACGUGCCCCCGUACGACGUGGUGCCCUCCAUGCGCCCCAUCAUCCUCGUGGGGCCCUCCCUGAAGGGCUACGAGGUGACGGACAUGAUGCAGAAGGCGCUGUUCGACUUCCUGAAGCAUCGCUUCGAUGGCCGGAUCUCCAUCACGCGGGUCACGGCCGACAUCUCGCUGGCCAAGCGCUCCGUGCUCAACAACCCCAGCAAGCACACCAUCAUCGAGCGCUCCAGCACGCGCUCCAGCCUGGAUGUCUUGGCCGAGGUGCAGAGUGAGACCGAGCGGAUUUUCGAGCUGGCCCGGACGCUGCAGUUGGUGGCCCUGGACGCCGACACCAUCAACCACCCGGCCCAGCUGGCCAAGACCUCGCUGGCCCCCAUCAUUGUCUACAUCAAAAUCACCUCCCCCAAGGUGCUGCAGCGGCUGGUGAAGUCCAGGGGGAAGUCCCAGGCCAAGCACCUCAACGUGCAGAUGGUGGCCUCGGACAAGCUGGCACAGUGCCCACCUGAGAUGUUCGACAUCGUGCUGGACGAGAACCAGCUGGAGGAGGCCUGCGAGCACCUGGCCGAGUACCUGGAGGCUUACUGGAAAGCCACGCACCCGCCCAGCAGCAACCCCCCGAACCCGCUGCUGAACCGCACCAUGGCCACGGCCGCGCUGGCCGCCAGCCCCGCGCCCGUCUCCAACCUCCAGGCUCCGUACCCGGAGGGGGAGCACGGCCGCCUCCGGCAGGGCCCGGGGGACUCGGGGGGCCGCGGGCAGGGCAGGGUCCCCCCGCCGCCCUCCCGCCCGGCUCCCCGCAGCCUGGCCCGCCAGGACACCUUCGACACGGAGGCUCCGGCCAGCCGGGACUCGGAGCCCGGCGAUUCCUGCUGCAUGGACAUCGAGAUGGAUCCCGUCGAGGAGGAGCCGCCGGGCACCCCCGGGGCCGGACCGCAGCCCCCCCCCGGCUCCUGGGACGGGACCGAGCCGGGCCGGGGGCUGCGGGGGCGAGCCAAGGGCCAGGAGCCCCUGGGCCAGAGCGACGGGGAGGGCUGGGGCCGGGACGUUUACAUGCGUUAGGAUGAGGGGGUGCGGGCGGGGGGCUCCCCCCCCUCCCCAGCGCUGGUUUUGGGGUGCGGGACAGCCCCGCUGGUUGCCUUCGUGCGCCCCCGAGCCCGGCCAGCAGUGCCCCGGGGAGCCCCCGCUGUGCGCUGGGGGCUCCCCCUGCCCCGCUCGUUGCUGAGGGGGGGUCUCCCCCUGCCGCGGCCCCCCAGCAUCUCCGGCAGGGACAGCAAGUGACCAAAAGGGGACCCGGCGUGUCCCCGUGCCCCAGGCGAGGGGUGGGGGCCGUGCCCCCCCUCCCGAACCCUGCCUGCUGGGUGCCCCCCGCUUCUCCAUGGUGCUGUCGCCUGUGGGGGUCCCCGGAGCUGGCCGUGGCGGUGGGGGGGUCCCUGCCAGCUGCCCCCCAGCCCGGCAGUGCCUGGCACUGCCCCCACAGCCCCCGGCCCUGCCAGGGGGUGCAUGCGUGUGUGUGCAGGGCGCUGGGGGUCCCCGCUGCCCCCCAGGCUGUGCCCCCCAAGGUGCUGCCUGCCCGAGGGGGGGGGGAGGGCGCGGUCUGCAUGUGUUUGCCUUGUGGGGAGGGGGGCUCUGCCUGAAUCGGGGGGUGGGGGGUGAUUCUGAGCCAGUUUUGGGGGUCUAACCUGUGCUAACAGCUGCCCAGCCCUGGCCUGCCGGGGGGGUCCCGCUGUCCUGGCACUGCCAGGCCCCGGCCCCCCUUCCCCAGCCCCCCCUCCCUUCCCCUUCCAACCCCCCCGCCGUGCCUGUCCAGCCGUGUCCGUCUGUCCGUCUGUCCGUGAGCCUCUGUCUGUCCCCCCGCCGCGCCCCGGGGCACUGCCUUGUCCUGUGCCCGCCCCGGGGCGUCCCCUGUGCCCCCCAGCUCUGCGGGGUGACCACACCAGGGUGGCCUGGGGACACCCCACGUCCGGUCCUCACCGCGGGACGGGGCUUGUCCCCUUUCUGGUGCAGCCCCUUGCCCCCCACCCCCAUUCCUGGGGGUCCCCGGGGUCACUGCCUUACCCAGACCACCAGCCCGGGUCGGGGGGCUUGGGGGCACCCAGCUCUGCCGCUGCCAAGCCGCCACCCACGUGUGCCUCAGUUUCCCCCUUUUUUUUUCGGGGGAGGGGGACUCGGUGUCACUGCCUGCCAAGUGCUUUGAGCCCCCCCUGCCCCAGCGCUCGCCCCCGUGGCGGCCAAAAUCCGGGCAGUGGGGCCCCCCCGGUCCCCCCCGCGGGGCAGAGGGACGUCCCGUAUUUAUGUCACCCCACAAACUUUUAAUUUAAAGACCCGACAGAAAUGUAUUUUAUUUAUUUAUUUUCGUUGACGUGUGUGUGUGUGUGUGUGUGUUGGGGAGGGGGGGGACUCGCCCCGCUCGCUUGGUUCUUUGUAAUAAACAUUUCGAUGAGACCUGC